AAAGAGCAAGGGUCACGUAGACAGCGCUCCCCGCCCAGCUCGCGUAAGUUCUCGCGCGGGUACUACUUCCGCCCUUUUGGCUCUCUCAGCAGCACCAUGGCGGUCGGCAAGAAUAAGCGCCUGACGAAAGGCGGCAAGAAGGGCGCCAAGAAGAAAGUGGUUGAUCCAUUUUCGAAGAAAGACUGGUAUGACGUGAAAGCGCCUGCGAUGUUCAAUAUUAGAAACAUUGGGAAAACACUAGUCACGAGGACUCAAGGAACCAAAAUUGCAUCUGAUGGCCUCAAGGGUCGUGUGUUUGAAGUGAGCCUUGCUGAUCUGCAGAAUGACGAAGUUGCAUUUAGAAAAUUCAAGCUAAUUACUGAGGAUGUUCAGGGCAAAAACUGUCUGACUAACUUCCAUGGCAUGGAUCUUACCCGGGACAAGAUGUGCUCCAUGGUCAAAAAGUGGCAGACUAUGAUUGAAGCCCAUGUGGAUGUCAAGACGACUGAUGGUUAUUUGCUCCGUCUGUUCUGUGUUGGUUUUACUAAAAAACGCAACAACCAGAUACGCAAGACCUCCUAUGCACAGCACCAGCAGGUCCGCCAGAUCCGCAAGAAGAUGAUGGAAAUCAUGACCCGAGAAGUACAGACAAAUGACUUGAAGGAAGUGGUUAAUAAGUUGAUUCCAGACAGCAUUGGGAAAGACAUAGAAAAGGCUUGCCAGUCCAUUUAUCCUCUUCAUGAUGUCUUCGUUAGAAAAGUAAAAAUGCUGAAGAAACCCAAGUUUGAAUUGGGAAAACUCAUGGAGCUCCAUGGUGAAGGAGGUAGUUCUGGAAAAACUACUGGUGAUGAGACAGGUGCUAAAGUUGAACGAGCUGAUGGAUAUGAACCACCAGUCCAAGAAUCUGUUUAAAAUCCAGAUUUUUAAUAGUGACAAAUAAAAAGUCUUAUUUGUGAUGA